CCGCUGCUACGACACAUAUCUGGCCACUGCCCCUCCAACAAGCUACCGGCCCUUCGAAUGACGACAUCGCAAAGCUACCAGAUCAAUUAAUCGGCCCAGUUGGCGCACACGAACAAUAGCUGUAACAGCGCCUACAGCUGGCCAUCAUGUCGAUUCCCCAGGAGGCGCGCGAGCUCAAGGUGCAGGGAGCCAUUGAGGCUGCCGAAGACCCCCGGACGGCGGUAUCGCCUGACGACGCCGAGAGGCUCUUGGUCGACCAGGCCCGGAAUGCUGGUGCUCCCGCCUUUAUCUUCGACCCGAAUGCUUCAGUAGAGGAAAAGCGGGCUCAAGUUGCUGCUGCUAUCCCUCCCGAGCUUCAGCAGAUACGACGAAACAAGGCUACGGCCAUCGCAACCGACGUCGACGACGGCACUGGGCCGGACGAAGAGCUCCCGGAACCGACGAAAGAAGGCGCCCUCGAUGCUGCCGGCAAAGACCAACCUCUUGCCAACGGGGACGCAGGCGACGCAGAGGUUCCGUACUCGCGGACGGGCUGGGCUCCUCAGAUUGGAUGGCCCGUCGAGAGCACGCUCGAGGGCGAGAGCCUGCUUGAUCACACUACAUGGGUCGAGAGCCAGCUGCCGGAUCAUCUGUACGGAGAUUGGUACCACAACACCGGCGUCAUCAUCUUCGCCUGCAUUGCCUCCUGGCUCGUAGCGGUUCUCGGCGGCGGUCUCGGCUGGGUCAUCAUGGUCAUGGCAAUCUGCGGCACGUACUACCGGACGUCCCUGAGACGAGUGCGCCGCAACUUUCGUGAUGACAUCACCCGAGAGAUGGCCCUCAAAAGGCUCGAGGCUGACCAUGAGUCUCUGGAGUGGAUCAAUUCGUUCCUCGUCAAGUUCUGGCCCAUCUACCAGCCUGUCCUCGCCCAGACCAUUAUCAACACCGUCGACCAAGUGCUGAGCUCCGCCACGCCAGGCUUCCUCGACAGCCUCAAGCUCAAGACGUUCACGCUGGGCACCAAGCCCCCACGCAUGGAGCAUGUCAAGACGUAUCCGAACGUGGGAGACGACAUUGUCCGAAUGGAUUGGAAGUUCAGCUUCACUCCCAACGACACUGCCGACAUGACGGCGAAGCAGAUCAAGAACAAGAUCAAUCCCAAGGUUGUGCUGGAAAUCCGAGUUGGUAAGGCCAUGAUCAGCAAGGGCCUCGACGUGAUUGUUGAGGACAUGGCCUUCUCCGGCAUCAUGCGACUCAACAUCAAGCUGCAGAUUCCCUUCCCCCACAUUGAAAAGAUUGAAAUGUGCUUCCUGGAGAAGCCGACCAUUGACUAUGUCUGCAAGCCCCUGGGUGGUGAAAACUUUGGUUUCGACAUCAACUUCAUUCCGGGUCUCGAAAAGUUUAUCCUCGAACAGAUCCACGGCAAUCUGGCCCCCAUGAUGUAUGCUCCCCACGUCUUCCCUAUCGAGGUCGCCAAGAUGCUUGCGGGAUCGCCCGUCGACCAGGCCAUCGGUGUGCUCGUCGUCACCCUCCAUGGAGCGCAUAACCUCAAGAACACUGACAACUUUGCGGGAACCGUUGAUCCUUACGCCGUCCUUACGCUUAACCGCCGCCAGGAGCUUGCGCGAACCAAGACUAUCGAUGACAAUGCCAACCCCCGGUGGAACGAGACCCAUUACAUCAUUGUGACCUCUUUCAACGACACUUUGGACAUUCAGGUGUUUGACAAGAACGGCUUCCGCAAGUCCAAGGAGUUGGGCGUGGCAUCUUUCCCCUUGGAGAGAAUCGAGGAGCUGCAUGUGUAUGAGAAUGAGCGCCUCGAGGUGCAAGCAGCCGGCAAGAACCGCGGUGUGGUCUCUUGCGACCUCCGCUUCUUCCCUGUUCUUGAAGGCCAGAAAGGUGAAGACGGCAAGAUCGAGCCCCCGCCUCCCUCCAACCAGGGUAUCCUGCGCUUCACCGUCGAGCAGGCCAAAGAUCUGGAUGGCACCAAAAGCCUCGUCGGACUUCUCAACCCCUACGCAGUCAUGUUCCUCAAUGGUAAACUUAUUCACCAGACUAAGAAGCUCAAGCGAACCAACAACCCCAUUUGGGACAACGGCUCAAAGGAAAUAUUCAUCACGGACCGCAAGAGGGCCAAGCUGGGCGUCACUAUCAAGGAUGAUCGGGAUCUUGCUUCUGAUUUGACUCUCGGAAAGUAUCAGAUCAAGCUUGACGACUUGCUGGAAUGCAUGGAACAAGGCAAAGAAUGGUAUCACCUCUCAGGGGCUCAGACCGGCCGCGUCAAGAUGACAGCGCAGUGGAAGCCAGUGGCCAUUUCGGGCGUCGCUGGCACAGGCGGUUACAUCACCCCCAUCGGUGUCAUGCGGCUUCAUUUCAAGAAGGCAAACGACCUCCGCAACUUUGAGGCCUUUGGUAAAUCCGACCCAUACGUCCGAGUUCUCCUUUCUGGUAUCGACAAGGCGCGCACGGUCACCUUCAAGAACGACCUGAAUCCUGAAUGGGACGAGGUCCUCUAUGUUCCUGUCCACUCCGCUCGGGACAGACUGACGCUUGAGGUAAUGGAUGAGGAAAAGCUUGGCAAGGAUCGUUCCCUCGGACUGUGCGAAGUUUCUGCCGCGGACUACAUCCAGCAGGAUGAAAACGGCGAGUAUCUCGUGCACGAUGAGAAGCGCGUACUUGAGAGCGAUCUUAAACUUCACGGCAAGGGCAUUCCCAAGGGUACACUGACGUACACUGUUGCUUUCUAUCCCUGCCUCAACAUUGCCGACCCCGAAGAAGAGGAGGAAGAGGCUGCGGAGGACGCCAAUGCCGAAGAGGAUGCCGACGCACCCAAGGCCUCUCUCGACCGACCACGAAGCUCCGCCUCUCCGUCCGUUCCUAAAGCUUCUCUCGACGUGUCCAGGAAAUCGGUUGAUGUGUCUAGGAAGUCAGUCGAUACAGCCAAGCUGAGCGCCAGCACAGGCGAAGAUGGCCGACCCAUCUCACCGGCAUCGAUGCGAUCAUCGAUGUCGGUAGAGAAAAGAGGACCGCCCAAGAUUCGACUCAGCCCCGAAGAGCUUCUCAGGUACGAGAGCGGUGUUCUCAUCUUCAGACUUCUGGAAUCAGAAAUGCCCGAAAAGGACAGCCACCUGGAGAUUUUCGUGGACGACAUGGCUUACCCGUCUUACACAUCUACAACGGUGCAAACCAAAUCGCACAAGUUUGACGAGAUUGGCGACUGCGUCAUCCGAGAACUUGACUUUUCUCGCCUGACGAUCAAGGCGCGCAAGAAGGGCGAUGAUGCCGACGACACUCUGGCGUAUCUGUCUGGCAAUACGCUGGAGACGUUGAAACAAUGCCUGAACAACCCCACCACGUUGAAGCUCAAGAGCGAUGAUGGCAAGUCCAGCUGGGUCAAGGUCAGCCUCAAGUAUAUUCCUCUCAAGAUGGAGCUGGAUGCGAGCGAGAGCAUCAACAACAUGGGCACCCUCCGUGUCGACGUCUUGAGCGGCACAGACUUGCCAUCGGCAGACAGGAACGGCAAGAGUGAUCCUUACUGCAAGUUUGAGUUGAAUGAUAUGGAAGUGUACAAGACCAAGGUGCAGAAGAAGACGCUGUCGCCAGUUUGGAACGAAUUCUUCGAGGUCACAGUGCCGUCGAGGACGGCGGCCCAUUUUGUCUGCAACGUCUACGACUACGAUUUUGCCGACAAGCCCGACUUCCUGGGUGCAGCCAUCAUCCCAUUGGACACCCUCCAGCCCUUCAAGGCGAUGGAGCAGAGCUACCCGCUGGACGGCAAAUCGGGAAGCAUCAGGCUCCGAAUGGUGUUCCGACCCGACUACAUCACUCGAUCCAGGCAAGGAACCUCGACCUUCCAGGGCACCUUUGGCGGCACUUCUCGUAUCGUUACUGGAGUUGCUGGCGUGCCGUUCAAGGGAGGUGCUGCGGUGGCUGGUGCUGUCGGCCACGGCGUGGGCAGAGGUGCCUCGUUCUUGAAGCGCGGCAUCCUUGGCAAGAAGGAUAGGGAUGACCCGAACGGUUCGCUGUCGGAGCUGGUCGAAGUUCCGACGGUGCCAAGCAUCGUCACCAACGGCAACGAUUUCGCCGUCGGCGGCGGCAAUUCCAACAACAGCACCCGACCCACCACCAGCGCCGUCGACAGUUCCCGGGACUACCCUCCGCAUCUGAUGCCCGAGGGUUCUGGUCAUAACAGGACCAGGAGCUUUGGCAGCUCGUCCGUGCACAGCGCCGUCGGCUUCGGGGCUCCGACCGGAACAGCAACGUUCACCGUCGUCGGGGCUUCUGGAUAUCCUCACUCGACGGAUCUGUACAUUCUCAUUACCCAAAUCUCACCCAGAGAGAAGACUGUUGGCAAGACGAAGCAUCACAAGUCUUCCAGUGGGCAGUGGACUUUUGACGAGACAUUCCGGUUCAGCUGCACGCCGGACGCACAGUUCAAAGUUGAAGCUAGAGGCGAGCACUUGUUUGGCAGUGAUGACUACCUGGGAGAGCACGUCUACUUUGUCGACGAGACGGGUUCCGGAGCUGCCAAGGAGAUUGCCGUCGGGACUGGUACGGUGACCAUCAAGAGCCACUUCCAACCUACGGAGGAUAAGUACCCCGACAGCCCCAAGUCCUUCUCGCGACGCGGCUUCCUGAGUAAGCGAGAGGCGCGGAGCAGGGACCCAACGCCCAAUCCCUGAGCAGCUGGCGAGGAUGAUGCUCCUUUU